GUGUGUGUCCUACAGGCUCGAACAUGUCGAAAUGUUAUUAUUUGUUGGGAUGCAAGACCAUGUGAUUCCUCCCAAUAGAUAUCUCCCAAGCAGUCUCUCUUCACCACUCAAUUAGCCUAAAAUUGCUGACCAUAUACAAUAUUUUCUCUUUAUAAAUACAGAUUCUAAUAGAUAGCUCCACUAAGUGACAAAGCCUUUCCUAGCUACUUCUCUAAAUUCCAAUUCCACACUCUCAUUCCCUCAUCCCAACAGCCUCGCCAGAACGAUGGGUUUCCGCUUGCCGAGAAUUGUUAGUGCUAAGCCGAGUUUGGAACGGACUUUUUCAACUUCGGAGACCACUGUGGUGCCCAAAGGCCACUUUACUGUUUAUGUUGGAGAAGCUGAAAAGAAGAGAUUUGUAGUCCCCGUAUCAUUCCUGAAGCAUCCUUCAUUCCGGACUUUGUUGAGUGAAGUUGAAGAAGAGUUCGGAUUCGAUCACCCUAUGGGUGCUUUGACAAUCCCUUGUAGUGAAGAAACUUUUGUCGAUCUUACUUGCAAUCUGCAACGCUCAUGAGAUGA